AUGUUUGUUUUUACAAGAUUUUUAUUGUAAAUUUCUUUUUAAAAUUUUUACUAUCUUAAUAAUCAAUCUCAAAAAAUUUAAAUUUUCAAUAGAAUUAUAAAAAUUUCUUCAAAUUAAAUUCGCAAAAUAAAUAAGCUACACACACACACACACUCACACUCCAUUCAUCAGCAUUUCUAAUGUAUUUAUGGAUCAAUUUUCUUCUAUUUGUACUCAUAAAUAUUUUUGGAUUAAUUAAUAUAAAACAUUUAACUUUUCUAAAGUAAAAUAAGAAGUUAAAUUACUUCAAGUAAUUAGAAAAAACUGAAGGCACCCACAAUAGAACAAAGGAAAUUCUUUAAUGGAAGAAUCUAACCCUGUCGAUAUUGGUAGUGA